ACUUCCACUGGGCUGCUGAGGCUGAAACUACUGCUCUUUUGAGUCAACCAUGGCACUUGGACUUGCUUUAAGGGUUUCCUGGAUCUGUCUGUUAUUGAGCAGUGGUGCUUGUUUUCCUGCAACAAAAGGAGACUACAGAUAUCCGUACACACCUACAUGGGGAUCCAGUGGUAGACCUGAUCCCAGAUCCAAACCUCUGUCGGAACGCUCACGUCUUCCCCUGCAACCGCAAGCAGCCCCUUAUCAGGCUGGCACCGGAAACCAGUUCCCAUCCAGCCUGGGAGCUGCUGUUGGGGCUGCAGGUUCCUCACAAAGUUAUGAGCCAAACAGAUUUAUUGUGACCUAUGAUUCCAGCUCUAACAAACCCUCCAGGGCUCCUAGCUUUUCUGUGCAGCACCGGCCUGCAGCUGGCCCCGGUGGAAACACUAAUGUGGCGGCAUCCAGCCCUGUCUAUAGUGCUUCAUUUGCAUACCCUGCGGAAACUGCUGGGACCAUGGCUGCAUCCUCCAGCUUGGGUGCUGGACCUGGUCCUUACGCUGCCGCUCCUGCAACCUACCCCUCUUACAGACCUGAUCCAUACGCCUACGUAAACCCUGCUGUUCCAGGUGUUGCUGGCGGAGCCGACUCGUCAUUCUACGACCCGAGCAAAUGGAUGCCGUCCAGUGGUUUUCCAGACUUCAGCGUCUGGGAAACGGAUAACCAGGAGAUGCCGCAGAGCGUGAGUGAUCCGUUUGAUGUGCCGCCUCCACCCAUCAUCCAGUCCUGGAAUGGCUACCAGCGAGCAAGAGAAGACCUUUCCCACACCAAGUACUCCCUAGACUACUAUGACCCACCAGCCUUUCCCUUGGAGGCUGCCAAAGCACCGAGCAAGAAUCCACCAGUGAAGGACGGAAGGAAGGUCUAAUGAGGUAAGAAGGCAAACUGAAGUCUAAACUGCAUAAUAACUGGCUUCUGGACUGACCCCCACCCCGAUGAACUGCAGAGCAUCAGCCCUCUUGAAACCCUGAACCUUGUGGAUGAUUUCAGUCUAAUAAAUGUCUAUAAAGUGUC